CAUCAUGGCGGCACACAUUUUUUCUACCUUUCCAGCGUCUAUGAGAAGCUUGUUGGCGUUUGUCCCUUUAAGUUAUGUUCCUGCUUUACGAAACACUUGUCAGGUAAAAGGCUGCUUUAGCUGGCGGAAGCGCUUUUCCACGGCGACUUCUUGCACAAGUGUGGCCCAAUACGACCGCUUGGUUCAGUGUGGAUCUUUGAAGGAAGAUGCUCUGCAGCGGCAUAUUCUCCAGCGUCUGGAGCACCUGCAGAAGUCUCUGCAAAACUACAAUAACAACCCCUACCUGAACCCACCUCCCAUCAAAAUGCACCCUGACUGUGAUAAGAUAAACCAGGAAGAAAACACUCCUCCACCCCCGCCAAAAGGCUUCUAUAUCUAUGGAGAUGUUGGUACAGGGAAGACAAUGCUCAUGGAUAUUUUUUUCUCGGGGGUGCCAAGCAGUCGUAAAAAGAGAGUCCACUUCAAUGGCUUCAUGUUGGACGUCCACAAAAGGAUCCACCGGCGGAAACAAAGCCUGCCGAAACGAAAGCUGGGCGACAUGUUCACCUAUGACCCCAUAUCGCCGGUCGCCAUGGAGAUCUCCCGUGAAACCUGCCUCUUGUGUUUUGACGAGUUUCAGGUGACUGAUAUCGCGGAUGCCGUUAUCCUAAAGCAGCUUUUUGAAGCGUUGUUUCGGACCGGAGUGGUGGUAGUGACGACCUCCAACAGACCCCCUGAUGAUCUCUACAAAAACGGACUUCAGAGGGACACCUUUCUACCUUUCAUUGCCGCGCUGAAGGAGUACUGCCACACCAUCUGCCUGGACUCCGGGGUGGACUACAGGAUGCAGCACAAGACCAAGGGAGGGAAACUCUACUACCUGACAGGAGAGCCCGAUGCAAACGCAGUCUUGGACGCGAUGUUUGAAGAGCUGGCCUUUUCACAAAAGAGCCUUACAGGUCCUCAGGUGCUCACUGUUCUGGGAAGAGAAGUGACGCUGGAGAAGACCUGUGGCUCCAUUGCAGACUGCACUUUCCAUGAGCUGUGUGGUCGAUCCCUUGGUGCCAGCGAUUACCUGGAGAUGGCGCGGCUCUUUGACACGGUGUUCAUUAGACACGUCCCCGUGCUGACGCUGGCCAUGAAGGACCAAGUGAGGCGCUUCACCACCCUCAUCGACAACUUCUACGAUAAAAAGGUGAGAGUGGUGCUGCAGGCUGCGGUGCCUUUAGAGCAGCUGUUUGUCCACACUGGAGGGGAUGAUGAGCGGGACCAGCAGCUUCUGGAUGACUUGGGCCUGAGUCAGGAGGCAGCGGGGCGUCUGGCACUUUUCACGGGCGAGGAGGAGACCUUUGCCUUCCACAGGACUUUUUCUCGCCUGACGGAGAUGCAAGCGGAGACGUACUGGUUGGAGGGAGAUCGCGGCAUCGGGAAGAGACGCCGCCAUACUUAGGUGCCGACCUGAUAACUGUACUGUGUAUAAGCAACAUGUUACCUCAAACCAGGCAUCCGUCACUGCAAGAGCCAAAAAAUGAAUAAAUAAAACAAAAGAUGCUGUAUUUCCUCACAUAUAGUGAUGGGAGGUGGGGAAUUUACUAAACCACAGAGAGUAUUAUACACACAUUUAUGACACUCAAUCAAAAUUAUUUUUUUCAACAUACAGUAUGUGUUAUUUAUUCAAGUGAACAAUGCACCCGACAUUUGUUUUGAAGAUCAAACAUUAUUAGAAUCAGAAUCAGAAAUACUUUAUUAAUCCCCGAGGGGAUUUUAAAAUUUUCAGCACAAUCCCAAUCAAGAUCAGACAAACAUUACAGGGAGACAGAAAAGGAUCACUGAUUGUUCUGCCAACUUCCGGCGCCCCUUACAAAAAAGAUGAGAUAUAGGUAAACAAUUGGGAGGGUGAGAAAAAAUAAAUAAAUUGGUCUAAGCCUGGGCCCCUGGAGAGGGGGUCCAGACUGAGGCCAAGGGAAAAAACAACUCAUAGCCAUAGCACACAUCCCUCUUACAUGUGUGUAAGAGGGGAAACAUCAAAGAACACAAAGGACAUUAGUCGUAUCAUUAGCAGACAAACCGUAUCGCCAUUAAAACAAUGAUUUCUUGGCUGCAUGCAAAUCCGCUUUUUUGCCUCGCCAAGGCUUUAGUGACAGGAAACGCCACACAAACGCACGUAUUUUGGACAGACAAAAACCCGAACUGAACUGUGUCUUGAGGAUGAAUUGACUUGGGGGUGUCCAACGUGGACCCGAGGGUCACUUGUGGCCCUGGAGUACGUUGCAGAAAUGAAAUUCAACAAUACAAAUGUGGAAAAAUGGAUCAAAAAGGCACAAUGUAAAGACAAAAAACUAAAAUCCUGAGUGCUGUUAAAUAUUGUAUUCAUUUUAAUCACACUUUUACAUUUUGAUUAAUCACAUAAAUUAAUUGUGUGCAUGAUUUAAAUUAACUUUAAAAAAAAUACCCCAAUAUUCUAAGACAAAUGCCGUUUUAUUGUCAGAAUGUUGAAACAGAAUAGUUUUUUUAGGUGUUACCGUAUUUUUCGGAGUAUAAGUCGCACCUGCCGAAAAUGCAUAAUAAAGGAGGGAAAAAACAUAUGUAAAUCGCACUGGAGCCUGGCCAAACUAUGAAAAAAACUGCGAAUUAUAGUCCGAAAAAUACGGUACUUGAAUGCACAUUAUGUACUUGUUCAACUUGCCAACAGUUUUAAGUAUCGUUAUGGUGUAUUUUGAAGUGAAAUGUGUCAAAGAGCACACCUCCUCACUAAUCUUUGCAGUUUCAGGCUGUUUUGAAGUUGAUGCAUGUUCAUUUUGCAUGUUGCGUGAACAAGGAGGUGCCAUUGGGUCGGAUUUGAAGUGCAGAGUAGUUGACUGCUGCCCUCUAGUGGACAAAGUUUAAGGCACAAGCGUCCUCAAGGUGAAAGCAAUAAACCCUCGACUGUACAAACGCACCCUUCUUUAUUGCUCUCUUGUUUUUUAUGUGAAUUGAAAUGUGUUCAUAUAUCUCACAAAUAUUAAAACAACUGCUGCAAGAUAGAGCGCAAAUUGU